ACAGCGGGUACCGAGUCAUCUGGUACGACAGCGGGUACCGAGUCAUCUGGCAUGACAGCGGGUACCGUGUCAUCUGGCAAGACAGCGGGCACCGAAUCAUCUGGCAAGACAGUGGGUACCGAGUCAUCUGGCAAGACCGUGGGCACUGAGUCAUCUGGCAAGACCGUGGGCACCGAAUCAUCUGGCAAGACAGCGGGCUCCGGGUCAACUGACACGACAGCGGGCACCGAGUCAACUGGCAGGACAGCGCCGAGUCAUCCAAGACAGCGGGCACAUCAUCUGGCAAGACAGCGGGCACCGAGUCACCAGGCACGUCAGCAGCGACAGCGGGCACCGAGUCACCAGGCACGUCAGCGGGCUCCGAGUCAACUGGCAUGACAGCGGGCACCGAGUCAUCUGGCAAGACAGCAGGCACCGAGUCAUCUGGCUCGACAGCGGGUACCAGGUCAUCUGGUUCGACAGCGGGCACCGGGUCAUCUGGCUCGACAGCGGGUACCUGGUCAUCUGGCUCGACAGUGGGCACCGGGUCAUC